CAACUUUAGUAACACCACGCGAUUCUGAUUUUUAAAGACGAUUUUGAAGAUCACAAAGAGAAUAACUUAAAGAAUUCGCAUAAAAUAAUAUCGAGAUGUUUAGUCAACAGCCAAUUUUAGUCCUGAGCCAAAAUACAAAACGUGAGUCCGGUCGGAAGGUUCAGCUCGAAAAUAUUAAUGCAGGAAAAACGAUAGCGGAUGUUAUACGAACAUGCCUUGGGCCUCAGGCUAUGUUGAAAAUGUUAAUGGAUCCCAUGGGAGGUAUUGUGAUGACCAACGAUGGAAACGCCAUCCUCCGCGAGAUCACUGUGCAACAUCCUGCAGCUAAAUCUAUGAUCGAAAUUGCUAGAACACAAGACGAAGAGGUUGGAGAUGGGACCACAUCAGUUAUAGUCCUAGCUGGCGAGAUGCUGGCUGUUGCUGAACAGUUCUUGGUGCAGAAUAUUCACCCAACUGUUAUCAUUCGGGAGUACCGACAGGCUCUGGAGGAUGCAGUCCAACUGCUGCAUGAUAAGAUUUCUAUACCAAUAGAUUUGAAUGACCGAGCCAAACUCAAAGAAGUGAUCAGAUCAUGUGUUGCUACAAAGUAUAUUAGCCGCUGGUCUAACCUGGCUGUGGAGAUUGCACUAGAUGCUGUGAACACUGUAACUGUGAAUGAUAAUGGCAGAAUUGAGGUGGAUAUUAAGAAUUAUGCCAAAAUCGAAAAAAUCCCUGGUGGAAGUAUAGAGGAGUCACGUGUGCUUAAUGGUGUGAUGAUCAACAAGGAUGUUACACAUCCUAAAAUGAAGCGGUACAUUGAGAACCCGCGCAUUGUCCUACUUGACUGUCCUCUCGAGUACAAGAAGGGAGAAAGUCAAACCAAUAUUGAGAUUCUUGGUGAACAGGACUUUACAAAACUGCUGCAGUUGGAAGAGGAGCAUGUGCAGCGACAAUGCGAGGACAUCAUUGCCCUGAAACCAGAUAUUGUAUUUACAGAAAAAGGCAUAUCAGAUUUGGCACAGCAUUAUCUUGUCAAAGCCGGCAUUACGGCUAUUAGGAGAUUACGCAAAACGGAUAACAAUCGGUUGGCCCGCGCUUGUGGCGCCACCAUCGUGAACCGCACUGAGGAGCUCAAGGAAACUGACGUUGGUACCGGCGCAGGCAAGUUCGAGAUCAAGAAGUUCGGUGAUGAGUACUUCACGUUUAUCACCGAGUGUAAAAACCCCAAGGCUUGUACUAUAUUGUUACGUGGCGCUUCCAAGGAUGUACUAAAUGAGAUUGAGAGGAAUCUUCAGGAUGCUCUACAUGUCGCUAAAAAUUUGGUGGUGUGCCCGCGGCUGGUAGCGGGCGGUGGAGCCGCCGAGAUGGCGGUGUCGCAGGCACUUGCGGCCCGUGCGCCGCACGCCUCGCCCUACCGCGCCGUCGCACACGCGCUCGAGAUCAUUCCGCGCACAUUGGCCCAGAACUGCGGCGCGAACACGAUUCGCACAUUGACGGCGUUGCGGGCUCAACAUGCUGCAGGUGCGGCCACCGCCGGGGUCGACGGCGUCACCGGCCAAGUGCGGGACAUGGCCGCCCCGCUCGCCGUCUGGGAGCCGCUCGCCGUCAAGCUGCAGGUGUAUAAAACAGCUGUCGAAACGGCAAUACUGUUGCUCCGGAUCGACGACAUUGUGUCUGGUUCUAAGAAGAAGAAUAACGAGCCUGCCGCUCCCGCCGCUAUGGCCGCCCAGGAAUAACUGUACGCGACACAUAGAUAUUUAAUUAUAAAUGUAUUCAUGGACAAAACAUGCUGUAUAACAACAUUCAUCAUGUAUGUACAGGGUUAG